CCCCCAUAAGAGAAAACUUCCUCUUCAGAUAUUUCCUCAUUAUGCCGUGAAGACACUUGAUGAGAGCCAGAACACAGAUCAUCACACUCUUCUGCUGGGAUUGAGUUCUUCUGAAACUGGACUUUAGAGAAAUGAUGCUCAUCUUUGGACCGAUGCUGAUGCUGCUGCAAACUGCUGCAUAUGAGUGUCAGUCGCUUCUUCUGUCAGAGCAAAAAGUUAUUGUGUGACUGAUGCAGCGUCACACUCUUCUGCUGGGAUUGAGUUCUUCUGAAACUGGACUUUAGAGAAAUGAUGCUCAUCUUUGGACUGAUGCUGCUGCAAACUGCUGCAUGUCUGGAGUUAAACUGCAGUUUUGAUCAGUCUGAUCCCUGUUACACAGCUCUGGGACACAAACUCAAUCUGAUGAUGGUGCAGGACACUAGUAAAUAUGACCUGAAGAUACAUAAGAGGAUAUACAACCCACAAGAUGAUCCACGUUGUAGAGUAAAGAAUGGCAGGAUGAGGGAAUGUGAUCUUUAUAAUAACAGACCUGAAGUAACAGUCAUUAAUGGGACUCUGAUAAUAAACCGUGUGAUCAGAACAGAUUCAGGGAAUUACAGAUUAACACUCUCUCACUCAGACGGCUCAGAAACAUCUCGAGAUCUUCAAGUGAUUGUUGAAGGUCUGGAUCGGUUCUGCUGGUUUGAUCAGCCUGAUCCUUGUUAUGCAGCUCUGGGACACAAACUCAAUCUGCCAAUGGUGCUGGAUGAUAGUGUAUAUGAUCUGAAGUUAAAAAGGAUAAGAAACAUAAACACACAAGAUGGUCCAGAUUGUACAAUAAAAUGUGGCAGCAAGAAGAAAUGUGAUCUUUAUAAUAACAGACCUGAAGUGACAGUCAUUAAUGGGACUCUGAUAAUAAACCGUGUGAUCAGAGCAGAUUCAGGGAAUUACACAUUAACACUCACUCAUCAGGAAUGGGGCGUAGAUCCUUCUAAACAUAUUCAAGUGAUUGUUGAAGCUCCUAUUGGCUCAGUGGAAGUGUCAAUCAUCUGCUCCUCCAGUGGGGUGAUGAGGGUGUUCUGCUCCUCUGAGGGGGAUCAGCUCCUCUACAGCUGGACUCUGAAUGGAGAUCCACUGAUGGAUGGAAACAGCAGCAUUGAUCUGGAUGAAGGAACUAAGGGAAACAUCAGCUGCAGCGUGAAGAACCACGUCAGUCACGCACAGAAGACCAUUAGACUCAAACACUGUCCUGAACAAACUUCUGCAACUGUGACCUCUAGUGUGACCUCUGCAGUCACCCGCGGCACACAGAUAUCAGAAUGUGUGUCUCUGGUGUUUGUUCUGGUCUGGUGUCUUCAGCUGAUGGUUCUGUUCGGUCUGUUAGGAGCUUUUCACAUCUACAUGAGACACACAUCAGGAAAGAAACAGGAAGAUCAGAAAGUGAGGAUGAGAAGAUUUAGAGAAGGACAUGAACACACAGCAGAAGAUUGAUGAGAGCAGCAGCAGAUCAUCUCUACUUAUUUUUAACAUGUUUAGCCACAAAUUUGUCUUUUUUAUUAUUAUAAGCUCUCUGUUUUAUUACAGAAUAUGGAUAUACAAUUUUCUUUAAAACUGUAAACUGAGUCAGUGUUGAAAUUAAAAUGAACUUUAAAAAGUUAAAUAAAAAUAAAAUGUUUUGAAACAGAACUGUAUUUCCAGGCAAAAGUCACAAUAUUAUUUUUAAGAGGGUUUAUGCAAUACAGUCAAUUUUCAUAUUCAUCAACAGAAAGCAAACAUAAAAACAAUAAAUCCAGACAGAAAUCAAAUUUUGUCCAGCUAUAACCGAAGAACACAGACACCUCAUAUAUUUUAAUACUGGAUGAUUUGUUAAUUGCAUUUAGUAAAUUAUACUUUCAAUAAAAUAUUUGCAAUUUGUUGUAAAA